GCGAGGGCGGGCUGUGGACUGGCGGAGCCCGGACCUCGGCGAGUGACUCUGGGGGAGCCGCGGUCGCGACGGCCGUGGAGCCGCAGACAAGCAGGGAGAAGAUGAGUCUUAAGUCUGAACGUCGAGGAAUUCACGUGGAUCAAUCAGAGCUCCUAUGCAAGAAAGGAUGUGGUUACUAUGGCAACCCUGCUUGGCAAGGCUUCUGCUCCAAGUGCUGGAGAGAGGAGUACCACAAAGCCAGGCAAAAGCAGAUUCAGGAGGAUUGGGAACUGGCAGAGAGACUUCAGCGGGAGGAAGAAGAGGCCUUUGCCAGCAGUCAGAGCAGCCAAGGGGCACAGUCCCUCACAUUUUCCAAGUUUGAAGAAAAGAAAACCAAUGAGAAAACUCGCAAGGUUACCACGGUGAAGAAAUUCUUCAGUGCUUCGUCUAGGGUUGGAUCAAAGAAGGCAGAAAUUCAGGAAGCAAAAGCUCCCAGUCCUUCCAUAAACCGGCAAACCAGCAUUGAAACAGAUAGAGUGUCUAAAGAGUUCAUAGAAUUUCUCAAGACCUUCCACAAGACAGGCCAAGAAAUCUAUAAGCAGACCAAGAUGUUUAUGGAAUCAAUGCUUUACAAAAGGGAAUUAAGCAUUGAGGAACAGUCGGAAUGUACUCAGGAUUUUUACCAGAAUGUGGCUGAAAGAAUGCAGACUCGUGGAAAAGUGCCUCCAGAAAGAGUUGAGAAGAUAAUGGAUCAGAUUGAAAAGUACAUCAUGACUCGCCUCUAUAAAUAUGUGUUCUGUCCGGAAACUACUGAUGAUGAGAAGAAAGAUCUUGCUAUUCAAAAGAGGAUCAGAGCCCUGCACUGGGUUACACCUCAGAUGCUUUGUGUCCCUGUUAAUGAAGAAAUUCCAGAAGUGUCUGAUAUGGUGGUGAAAGCAAUAACAGAUAUCAUUGAAAUGGAUUCUAAACGUGUACCUCGAGAUAAGUUGGCCUGCAUCACCAAGUGCAGUAAGCAUAUCUUCAAUGCCAUCAAAAUCACUAAGAAUGAGCCAGCUUCAGCCGAUGACUUCUUACCCACACUCAUCUACAUUGUUUUGAAGGGCAACCCCCCGCGCCUUCAGUCCAAUAUCCAGUAUAUUACCCGCUUCUGCAAUCCAAGCCGAUUGAUGACUGGAGAGGAUGGUUACUAUUUCACCAACCUUUGCUGUGCUGUGGCUUUCAUUGAGAAAUUAGAUGCUCAGUCACUGAAUUUAAGUCAGGAAGAUUUUGAUCGAUAUAUGUCUGGCCAGACUUCUCCCAGGAAGCAAGAAUCUGAGAAUUGGUCUCCUGAUGCUUGCGUAGGUGUUAAGCAAAUGUAUAAGAACUUGGAUCUCCUGUCCCAAUUGAAUGAACGACAGGAAAGAAUCAUGAAUGAAGCCAAAAAACUUGAAAAAGACCUAAUAGAUUGGACUGAUGGAAUUGCAAAAGAGGUUCAAGACAUUGUUGAGAAAUAUCCACUUGAAAUUAAGCCCCCAAAUCAAUCUUUAGCAGCUAUUGACUCUGAAAAUGUUGAAAAUGAUAAACUUCCUCCACCAUUGCAACCUCAGGUUUAUGCAGGAUGAUAAAAAUUUACAUACAUAGUAUUUAUUUGAACCUGAAUUGUAGCUAGUCCUUACUACAGCCCACUGAUUAGGAUCUAGACUAUAACUUAAUUGCUUAUAAAUGUCAGAGCAUUUUUAAAGGUACAGUUGUGGGGAUUGUUUUGUUUUGUUUUUCCUGGCAGGGCAGUUUAGUGAUUAAUAAAAUACUAUUUAUUUGCGUUAAUGAAAUAGAUUCAUUUAAGGUUUGUGUG